UAUUACUCACACUCACUAUUUAUCUCACAGACUACAAUCUAUGGAUUACUCUCUUUAGCUUCAGUUGCUUCUCUCUCAUUUUGGUGUUUACAAUGAGAAAUGCAGCUGCUAUUUAUAGCAGUAGAUGGCCACCCAAGGAACCAAUCAGGUUGUUUGGUUCGUUGCAAGUUGUAAGAUGGCAACGCCCAAAACCAAUUCCAAAUUGGUUUUGCAAAUUGUUCUGCAAAGCCCACCAUUUGCCUUUCUUUCAACCAAUCACUAUUUCUUCUUCUUCUUUUUUCACUUAUUAUUUGAGGACUGGACCCCACACAAACACCACUCCUCCAACAAGUUGUGGAGUUACUACAUUCAUUAGCCAUGAAAGUACAAUUGCAUUGCACAUCUCUCAUUGUUCCCAUAGAUUUUCACGAAAUUUCUCCUUUUUCCAUGUUCCUUCUACAAGUCCUAACUUAUUCCUCGCAAAGCUAUCCUCAUAGAACGAUUCCAUAUAGUAUAGUUAUUCAUACCUAUUAGUUCAAACGAGAUCAGUUGAGCUCCACUCGUAUCGGAAGAUCGAAGACACAACGGGUGAUUGUGAGGCAAAUCGACUCCAAAUUCUUCGUUAGCUUGAGUACUACCACCAACACUUGCAUCUACACAUGUAGCAAUAUUAGUCAAAAUAUUUUCAACAUCGUCUCCCAUGGCUACUGCUUCAAUUGACGAGAACUUCGUUGUUUGAUUGAUUGUAUGAACUCACAAAUUUCACUAAAUAGCAAUGCGGAUCAAUAAACGAGACUAGAAUUUUCCAAACUAGUUGCCCUGAUACCAUGUUAAAUCUAUGGAUCUGAUGGAGCAAACCCUAGCUAGAAGAGCGGAAGAAAGAAGAUUAGCAAAGAAGGAAGAAAUGAGAAAAGUGAUAUUCUGUUAUUAACCACCCAAACACUGUACAAUCGACUCCUAUUUAUACCCUUUACAAACUAGUAUUUAAUCUCUAAUUAACGAUCAUUAAAUAGUCUAAACUAUCUGUAAUACAAUAAUACCACAUCAAGUAAACCCUUUCAUAAUACAACAUUUUACAAAAAAGUAAUUACUAAGCGUCUGGACAAUAUUUGAGUUAAGAUUGGAAAAGUAUUUGAAGAAGAAUUUUAAAAAAAAAAAAUUGGAAAUUGAAACUUAAUUUGUUUGGACAUAAACUUCACUUGAUUUUUUUUGUGCGCGUGAAAGCUUAGUUAAAUAUUUUGGGAGGGAAACCCAGUGUUUCAAUAACUCGCUUGAAAGAUCAAAUACAACUCAGUAUUUACAAAUACUUAUAACAAUGGUUCACUUAUAUAUAUAUAUAUGGUGUGGAGCAUUAUUGCAGGCCCAAACCCUCUGUUUGGAGGGCUAAAAUCGACAAGAUCUAUAUUUGGUGAAUCAGACCAUAUGUGGGUUGAAGGAGAAGGAAUGCUUCACGCGUUGUACUUGAAGAAAAAUGGAAGAAUUAGGGGCAGCUGGAAUAUAUUGUACAAGAACAAACAUGUCCAAACAGAUACUUACAAAAUGGAAAAGGAUAGAAAAAAACCAGGUUUUCUUCCUGCUAUUGAAGGCGAUUCUCCUGCUGUCUUACUGGCGUACCUUCUAAAUGUGUUGAGGUUUGGCGUGAUAGACAAAUACCUGAGCAAUACUAAUGUAUUUGAACAUGCAAAGAAAUAUUACUCAAUUGCUGAGAACCAUAUGCCUCAAGAGAUCGACAUACAUUCCCUAGAAACACUGGAAAAUUGGAAUGUUAUAAGUGGAUCUUGGACCAGACCAUUCACAAGCCACCCCAAGAAAGCACCUGGCACAGGAGAACUUGUUGUAAUAGGUAUUGAUGCACAAAAGCCUUAUUUUGAACUUGGUGUGAUUUCAGCUGAUGGAAAGAAAAUGGUUCACAAAGCGGAUCUCAUGUUCGAUAGGUGUACAGUUUGCCAUGAAAUAGGAGUCACACAAAGAUACAAUGUGAUCAUGAAUUUCCCACUAACUAUUGACAUAAGUCGACUUGUUCUGGGAGGCUCGUUAAUGAGGUUUGAAGAAAACGGAUACGCAAGAAUUGGUAUAAUGCCACGCUAUGGGGAUGCCAAUUCCAUCAAAUGGUUUGAAGUCGAACCUUGUUGUGUAUUUCACAUCAUUAACUGCUUCGAAGAUAAUGAUGAGGUGGUGGUGAGAGCAUGUAGAGCUCGUCAAUCAGUUAUACCUGGACCUAAUUCUAGAGUCAACCACUUUGAGAAAUGGUUAAAGGGAAGAAGUUCCAAAGAUGAAAGAAUUGAAUUCACCAAAGAAUCAACUUUUCCUCGUGUUUGUGAAUGGAGAUUGAACAUGAAAACUGGAGAAGUUAGAGAGAAGAAGAAUCUAUCUGGUGACGAGUUUGCAAUGGAAUUCCCUUUGAUCAAUGAAAAGUUCACUGGAUUUAGAAAUAAGUUUGCUUAUCUACAAGUUGUUGAGUCAACAGAAAUAUCUGGCUCAGGAUUCACAAGAUUUGGAGGAGUAGCCAAGCUUCAUUUUGAAGAAAAAAGAAUCCCUACGGAGGAAGAAGAUGAAUUGAUUAAAGCUGAAUAUCACAUGUUGCCGCAGAACACCUUUUGUUCUGGAGCUUCCUUUGUUCCAAAACCUGGAGGCGUCGACGAGGACGAUGGUUGGAUCAUCACAUUUACGCAUAAUGAAAAUGAAAAUAUUUCUCAAGUUUAUAUAGUUGAUGCAAAGAAAUUUACGAAUGAGCCAGUUGCCAUAAUCACAUUACCAAGUAGGGUGCCAUACGGAUUUCAUGGAGCUUUCAUGCCAUUAGAGUCUUAGUAUUUACAUCACUCAAAAGCUUGUCAGUAUAUAUAUAGUAUUUUCUUUUUGUAUUUUUCAAACCUAUUUUAGAAACACUUUUUUUGAGCUGAGAUUCUAUCAUAAAUAACUUCUCUGCCUUACACAAGGUAAAGAUAAGGUCUGCGUACACCCCCAUCUUGUAAAA